AUGGAUAGCAACCACUUCAGCGAGAAGCCUGAGCACCCCCACAAGGAUGCUGGAGAGGCCUCUGCGCAGACACGCGAGCAGGCUUGCGAACAGUUUCACAGUGACGAGACCUACCAGGACGCUGAGGAGAUGACCAGUAUAUGCUCCGAUAUCCGGGGUCAACUGGCCAGGAUGGUCGCUUUGAUCGGCGAUGAUAAGACUUCCACCAUUGAUGUCCCGGUUAGGCGACCCACAAACCCAAACAUGGAGAAGAAUGAGGAGCCAACUUUGGUAACGAAGACAUCGAUGAAUAAAUAG